UGGGCAAGGCGCUGCUCGGCUCGAAAUUCGCUGAUGCUCCCGAGGUGCAGAGCAUGCUCCCCGAUGUGUCUGCUCUGGUUCGUCUGAACAUGAUCGAGUCUCAUGCCCAGCAACGGGCCCUCACACAAGCAAGGAGCUCUAAUGAUCAUUUCCGUGCCGAGGCAGAAAACCAACAACAAGCCGACAUGCGCCAGACGUAUUUGGAUUAUCUGAAAGCACUUUCCCAAUGCCCUGCCAGCAUCCAACGGGAUGUGACCACGUCCUUCUUUGAUCCGCCUCAAAUGCGCUUCACGCACGGGGAUGGCUUCAAAACUCUGCAAGACGCACUCAGAGAGCUGAUCAAUUCCCAGUUGCACGAGACAACGGACAAUGUCGUCUUUGCUGCCCGCCAGAUGAUCACCCCGUUUGCCCAGACGUCGCACUAUCUCGAUUCGUCGCUGUGGCGUCUUGGGCCGCUCCUUGUGCGAC